ACAGCAGCGACCACGAGCAAGUUGAUCGCGACGAGCCACUCACAAUCAUGUCAGUCACAGUGACAGCCGACCAAUUGGCAGCUCUGAGAGCAAUCCUGCUCAACUCGUCCGGAAAGACACCUCUGCAUGAGCGAUUCAGAGCCCUGUUCAUGCUCAAAGCCGUAGGUAAUGAUCAAGUCGUCAACAUCAUCUCAGAGGGCUUUGAGGACGACUCGUCACUCAUGAAGCAUGAGCUGGCCUAUGUCCUUGGACAAUUGUCCAAUCCUUUGGCUAUCCCCAAACUCGAAGAAGUCCUCGUCAACGACAAACAACAACACUGCUCCAUGGUCAGGCAUGAAGCUGCUGAAGCUCUCGGAGCAUUAAGCUCGGAAAGUAGCUUGCCAUUGCUGAGAAAGUAUCUGGAUGAUCCGAAUCGUGAAGUCAGAGAGACUUGCGAAGUGGCCAUUGGUAAAAUCCAGUUUGAUCACGGUGCAGAGGGAAAGGAGAGGAUGAAGAAUCCUGACUUUCCCACCAUUGAUCCUGCUCCAUCAUCCUCUCGCGAAGAUAUUCCAGCACUCCGCGCCGCCCUCUUGGACACUUCUCGUCCUCUGUUCGAGCGAUAUCGAGCAAUGUUCGCCUUGCGAGAUUUUGGAGCGGCUUCCAAAGACGCAGUUUUGAGCCUGGCUGAGGGUUUUGGGGAUUCAUCCGCCUUAUUCCGACACGAGAUUGCAUAUGUCUUUGGACAGCUCUGUUCACCUCACUCCAUCCCUUCCCUACUGUCACGAUUGGAGGACGCACAAGAGGAUCCAAUGGUCAGACACGAAGCUGCAGAGGCGCUCGGAGGGAUCGCAUCGGACGGAAUAGAGGGUGACGAGGAAGCCAGUCGGGUCUUACCGCCAGGAGGUGUCUUGCAAAUCCUCAGAGAAUGGGCAAUCAAGGAAGGCGCUCCUCAGGUGGUCAAGGAGAGCUGUCAAAUUGCCAUUGACAUGUGGGAGUAUGAGAACUCUCAAGACCAAUUCAACCCUUUGGAUACUUUGGUCUCCAAAGCUCAUACUACCGGUAUGGAGCGUUCAGCUGCCUCUGCUGUCGCUGCUGUUGCGCCGUAAACUAUUGGCAUUCGUUCAUACACAGCAUUUUUCCACAUACACAUCGCAUCUGUUGAGACCGUCCAUAGUUGUAUAUAUUCUACUUCAUGCAGAUGUGAAGAACCAG